AUGAUUUCUCUCUCUGUUUUGUUAGCACUUUUCAUUGGUGGAAAAGAUGACCUGCUUUAUUACAAUGAACACUUCGAAGGCGAAUUGAGUGAUGCACCCUUAGGACGUCUAAUUCCUACGUUGGUGACGUUUUAUAACCAAUAUUCAAGCGAGCCCUACAGAUAUGUGGCAUUUGACGCUAACCAGACAUUACAAACUAAUAUAAGGGGUUAUAGAUAUCGUUUCUCUGUUUUGUUGGCCCCCACUAUUUGCCCCAAAUACCAAGCGGAAUAUAUAUCUAUUGCGCACUUGGGACCUUGCUCGUUGAAAGCAUAUGGAUAUCAACAAUGCAAUUUCGUUUUAAGCUUUCGAAAGGGUCUACUGUAUGAUGAUAGCACGUUGUACCUUGAAGGUUGUCGAUCUGCUGUCCCGAGAAUGCCUGUAAACCUCGAGUACUUAGGCUUUAAUUUGCCUACAAACGUGGAGGAGAAAUAUGCACAAUUUAAGUUAACAUAUAGAAAACAGUAUCAUGAGUCAGAAGACGAGAUUAGGUUUAAUAUCUUCAAAUCGAAUAUCUUGAAAGCUCAAUUGUAUCAGGUAUUUGAAAGAGGUUCAGCCAUUUAUGGAGUGACACCUUAUUCAGACUUAACAACUGAUGAAUUCGCACGCACUCAUCUAACUGCUUCCUGGGUAGUGUCGUCUAGUACAAAUAAUACACCAAUUUCUCUGGAAAAGGAGGUUAAGAAUAUACCAAAAAACUUCGAUUGGAGAGAAAAAGGCGCUGUAACUGAAGUAAAAAAUCAAGGAAUAUGUGGCUCUUGUUGGGCGUUCUCAACCACUGGUAAUAUUGAGAGUCAGUGGUUCCGCAAAACUGGAAAGUUAUUAUCAUUAAGUGAGCAGCAACUUGUUGACUGUGACGGUCUAGAUGAUGGUUGUAAUGGUGGUCUUCCAUCGAAUGCCUAUGAAUCAAUCAUAAAAAUGGGUGGUUUAAUGCUUGAAGAUAAUUAUCCUUAUGAUGCUAAAAAUGAGAAAUGUCAUUUGAAAGCUGAUAAUGUUGCAGCUUACAUUAAUAGUUCAGUAAAUUUAACUCAAGAUGAAACAGAACUUGCUGCAUGGCUUUAUCAUAAUUCAGCGAUUAGUGUUGGUAUGAAUGCGAUGCUUUUACAGUUUUAUCGACAUGGAAUUAGUCAUCCAUGGUGGAUCUUCUGUUCAAAGUAUCUGCUUGAUCAUGCGGUUUUACUUGUUGGCUAUGGAGUUUCCGAAGAAAAUGAGCCAUUCUGGAUUGUAAAAAACAGUUGGGGUGUUGAAUGGGGUGAAAAAGGUUACUUCCGUAUGUAUCGAGGUGAUGGUACUUGUGGCAUUAAUACUGUUGCUACGUCAGCGUUGAUCUACUAG